UAAGCGUGCUCAAACAUGUCUCACCCAUCAAAACCAGUCAUAUCACGCCACGUCACAUACAAAAGUUUCUACAAUGGGAUGAUAUCUCUGCUCUUCCUGUUCUACCGGGCUCAGCCGAUGCUUCCCCACGACCCCACGAAGGCCUUCCCCUCCAAGACCAGUGCGAAACUAACCGCCCCUAUCGCACUUACCCCCAUCGCUCUCGAACUCGCGUCCAUGGCUUCGUCUUCUUCCUCCUCCUCCUCCUCCGCCCCCGCCGCGCCCUCCGAAACCCUAGCAGUAAAUUCACCGGACGCCGGAACCCUAAUUCCGGGCCUCCCCGACGAUGUCGCCGCCCUCAUCCUCGCCUCCCUCCCCUACCCGCACCAGCUCCGCCUCCGCUCCACAUGCCGCUCAUGGCGCUCCCUCCUCUCCCCGGCGUCCCUCCUCCCCCUCCGCCGCCGCCUCCGCCUCCCCCGCCGCCAUCUCCUCUGCCUCUUCCCCUCCGACCCCUCCCUCACCCCUCCCCUCCUCUUCGACCCCGCCGCGCCCGCGUGGUCGCCGCUCCCGCCUCUCCCUUGCUCCCCGCACAUCUACGGCCUCUCCAACUUCGUCCCCGUCGCCCUCGGCCACCACCUCUACCUCCUCGGCGGAUCCCACUUCGACACGCGAUCCUACCCCCUCGGCCACCCCUCCGCCUCCGCCGCCGCUUACCGCCUCGACCUCGCCGCUCCCCCGCCGCUCGCCUGGUCGCGCCUCCCCGACAUGCUCGUCCCGCGCGGCAGCUUCGCCUCCGCCCCGUUCCCGAUCCCUAGAACCCUAAAUCGCGAGGCCGAGGGCAUCAUAGUCGCGGGGGGCGGGUCGCGGCACCCCGUGUAUCCCUCCGAGGGGAGCCGGAUGAGCUCCGUCGAGUGGUACGACGUCGCAUCCGGGGAGUGGAGGAUGUGGGAGGGGCUCCCGAGGUACCGUGCGGGGUGCGUAGGGUUUGUGGUGCGACGGGACGAGGAGGAAGCGGAGGAGGAAGAGUUUUGGGUGAUGGGAGGUUAUGGGGAGUACCGCACGGUUUCGAGAGUGGUCCCUGCCGAUGUGUUCUACAGAGACGCGGUGGUGCUAGGGUUGAAGAGUGGGAAGUGGAGGGAGGUGGGGGAUAUGUGGGAGGAAGGGGAGAGGACGAAGCUCGGCCGAGUGGUGGCCGUGGAUGGCGACGAUGGCUGGGCUAAGGAAAUCUUCAUGCUCGACUGCAAUGAGAUUUUCAGAUACGAUUUUGCUUCAAACAGAUGGUUGAAAGAAUCGAGCUUGCGGAGGAAAAUCCCAACCAACGAAUCCUGUGGAUUUGUCGCGAUGAACGGAGAGUUGUAUGUGCUGACAUCAGCAAAGCCCUCUAUGGAUAUUUCUGAAACAAGGAGGCCUCUGAAGAAAAGGCUGACUCUGGAAAUUCAAGUUUACAACCCUGUUAAAAAGAAGUGGAGAUUGCUCAUUACGAAUCCUCCAUUCCAUCAUCCCAUUGACUUUAAAACAGCAAUUUUAUGCACAAUUCAAAUAUAGAUUGCCGAUCGCAAUUCAUGGAUGUAUAUCUUCCCAUAAUUGGUUUAGACUUGUAUUCACCUCUUUCUCCAGGUGCAAAUAAUUUGUUUGUAAUGGGUUGAUUGCUUUCCUGCAUGUCAUUGCUAUAUUAUCAAUGAACUCUGAUAUCUGAUCCUUGUAUAUGAACAAUUUGAUACAGCAAAUCUUUGUAUAUACAUACUAUAUUUGUGGUUCAUCAUCUCUCUUCGUA